AUGUUAGCAAAUUCAAGUGCAAGUCAUAAAACGACUCUACAAAAUGAAAUACAUAAAAUAACUAGUGAAGUUCAAUUAAGGCAGUAUGGAUUAUUUUUGGAAAGAUAUGAAUCUGAUUUGGAGAGUAUACUCGACGCGAUGGAGUUUAGCACAACAUCUCAAAUUGAUUUUGAUAAGAAUCUUAUUAAGCUGGACUUAUCGUUGAAUGAAACCAUUUCUAUGAAUUCUUUACCAGUUGAGUAUGCGAUCCUGAAUAAGGUUGUGCAAUCUUUCAUUACACUCUGUGUGGAAAUCAAGUUACUAAAUUGUGAAGCAAGAGAUAAAUAUUACAACUUGAUUAUGCUAUAUGGUGAAGCCGGGGAAGAAAAAACUCAGGAAUAUAUUGAAUUUUCAAAAUUAGAAAGUAUGUUAAAAGUAUUGAAUGAUCUUUGUGUGUUUGUAAAUCGAUGUCAAACGGUAGUUGUGGAGAUAAUUGCUCAACUGAAUUGUCUUUCAAAAUCUGAUCACCUUUCACAGUUUUCAUAUCCUGGAGCAACUGAAAUUGAUAUUUUUUAUUACAUGUGUGAUAUGUUGCUUGUUUUAAUUACUAUAGAAGAAAUUUUACAAAAUAGCAUUAUUCUUGAUCAUUGGAAAAUGUACCGUAGAACUGUAAAAUCAGUACACAGAAGCCAUUCUACAUUUAAUUUAGAUUUAAAUGUGUUAGAUAAUUUAGACGAAAUUCUAAACUAUAUAGAAAAUCAAUUACUCUCCGAAAACAUUAUACAGAGUACAAUCAAUAAGUGUGUACAUUGUUUGUAUCAAAGCAAUAAUGAAGUAAAUAAGGUUUUAGAAAAACGGUUUUAUUCAUAUAUAAGGAUUUUGAUUAAUGAUUUAGAGAAAUGUGAUCCUGAUUUAAUUGAUACUGAAAAAUCUACCGAGUGGGUGAAAUUAAAUGUUUUAUAUAUAUUCUAUAUAAAAUUAUUUAAAGUUAAUGAUAAGAAGUUUUUUAAAAUCUUGAAGGGUGUCAAUAAAAAGGUCCCAUGUGUUACUCUAGUUGGAAAUAUAGUAUGGUGCUCUGAACAAUUUUUAUCUCAGCAUUCCAAUAUUAUCAAAGGUUUUGAUCAGAGGUUCAUUCAAGAAAUGAAUAGAGUAAAGCAAACAUACUUACAAAACAAAACACAGAAUUUACUAAAAGAUUCACAUAACACAGCACUACAAAUAUUUACAUGGAUUUUAGAAAUAUCAGCAAUUUUACAGGAAGGUGCAAAUAAUUUGAAAUUAGAACAUUUGACACAACGAACACAUUUGUUACUGCAAGGCCUUACGCACGCAUAUUAUUUAAACUAUACAAUUAAAUCAAUCACAAAUUUACAUAUGGCUCAAAAUAAGCCUAUGACUAAAUCAUGCUUAUUAUCUGUUUGCAAACUGGUUGAGUUAUUAAAGGCAGUACAUCAAAUAUUUUCAAAAUAUUCAAACCGAAUUGUAAAUUUUAUACAUAAUAUAAUGCAUUAUUUAAUAUAUCAGUCAUUAAAUAUAAUUUCUAUAACAAAGAAAGCUUUAUUAAAUGAAAAAUCCUAUGUCAAAAAACAUCCUGAAGUAUUGGCCGUACUUUCACUUUUGGAGAGAUCAUUACAUGGUCCAAGUACGGAACGAAAAAUAAUAAUUGCCCAUCUGGCAUUAUCUUGCAUUAAUGUAACACAAGUAUUUCAUGAUGAUAACUUGAGUAAAUUAAUAAAAGACCUAAAAUAUAUACAAAGGAUACAAAAUUUUCAAGAAUAUUUGGAUGAUACUACAGAUUGUUCUUUUUUAUUUUGGCAUCAAUCAAUACUGCCAGCAUAUUUUAGUAAUGUUUACGAGAAUAAAAUGGAUAUAUCUAAAAUUUAUUACAUGUUUCAAGCAUUGAAUGAUUUUGAAGAAUCUGAGGAAUAUAAGGAAAGCUACAUGAAAACAAUAGAUUCAUCAUUAAAUGAAAAGAUUUUGGAACCUUUAUGUUCACAAGUAGAAACAGAUUUGAGACUUCAAAUACACUCACAUUUACAGCCAGGUUUAAUGAACCCAUUUGAUGAUGGUACUCCAGAAGUUAGUAACAGUUUAUUGGAACUAAAUCCUAUAUUAUGCGGCCAGAAAUAUAUUGAUAUUAAAGGGCACGUGGAGAAUUAUUUGGAUUCCAUGUUUUAUAAUUUAACAACAGUUGUACUCUUUGACUGGAAAACUUAUGGGGAAAUGAGACGGUUAGCAAAUGAGAAAUUUUUCUUACAUACUAUUGAAGAUCAUCUGCCAACACAAACCUUAGAACAAGGAUUGGACGUGUUGGAAAUCAUGCGAAAUAUGCAUAUAUUUGUUGCAAAGUAUCUUUACAAUCUAAAUAACCAAAUAUUUGUUGAGAAAUGGAGUAAUAAUAAGCAUUUAAAUACUAUAAAUAUUCAACAUGUUGCAAACUCAAUAAGAACGCAUGGUACUGGAACUAUGAACACUACAAUUAAUCUAACAUAUCAAUUUUUGAAAAAGAAAUUUUUUGUUUUUUCGCAAUUUUUGUAUGACGAACAUAUUAAAUCUCGCCUGCUCAAAGACUUACGUUAUUUCCGUGAGCAUAAAACGGAAUCGAAUCCCAUGUACAGCUAUGAUAAGGCAUACAACUUUAAUAAAGCCAUUCGAAAGUUGGGUAUAUCAUCAACUGGUCAAAGCUAUCUGGAUCACUUCAGAUUGUUAAUAACCCAUUUAGGAAAUGCAAUGGGUUAUGUACGAAUGAUAAGAUCAGGUGGACUGCAUAGCUGCUCUAACGCUAGUGUAUUUUUACCAGUACUAGAUGAAAACAAAACAUUUGAAGAAUUGUGUCAGGCGAACUGUUUAUCAGAAACAGUAUGCCAGGCUGCGCAUGUUUUGGAGCAAGAUAUACGAAAUUUAGCAUGCAACUUUGCUGAAGGUUCAGAAUAUUUUAAGCUUUUAGUAGAUGUUUUUGCUCCUGUCUUUCGCAAUCCUAGAAAUAUCCAUUUGAGAAAUUUCUAUAUUAUUGUUCCAUCACUUACAAUAAAUUUUGUUGAACAUUUAAUAACAGCUAAAGAUAAAUUAACUAAGAAGGAUAAGUCUGGUGCUGCAUUUACGGAUGAUGGUUUUGCCAUGGGCCUUGCAUAUAUUUUGAAGUUAUUAGAUCAAAAUUCUGAAAUGGAUUCACUUCAUUGGUUCCAAUCAGUUAGUGAAAAGUGUAAUCAGGAAAAACAGAUUUUAGCACAACAAAAAGUUAACGCUAGCAGAGAUGAUAAAACAUUACAACAUACCCUAUCAUUAACUACUAAGAGACUUGAAUUGUUCCAACAGGAAUUUAAGUUACUUUAUUAUAGCUUCAGCAGUGCAAGAAUAUUCUUUCAAUGA